AUUACCUCGUGCGCUUUUCUAAAAUUGUCUUGCCCACCAAUAUAAAAUUUUUUUCAAAGAUAUUACGAGAUAAUUUUAUAAUUAAAUAAGCUUUGUACAAAUGUCUUAGACUUGUAACCAAAACCACAAUAAGGAGCAAGCGAGCGACCUAUUUUUGCAAAUGGCAGAUCAAGAUAUUUUUCUUUUUUGGGGUUCAGGCAGUGUUCCUUGUUGGCGACCAAUGAUUGUUCUUGAGGAAAAAGGACUUUCAGGAUAUGGUCAAAAGCUAAUUAGUUUUUCUGACCAAGAGCACAAAGGAGAAGAAAUCAUGAAACUCAAUCCAAGAGGACAGGUUCCAACAUUUCGUCAUGGAAGUAUAAUACUUAACGAAUCUAAAGGAAUUUGUCAUUAUCUUGAAAAUCAGUUCAAGAACCAUGGCACUAAAUUGAUUCCUGAUGAACCAGGCAAACAAGCAAUGGUUCUGCAGCGAAUGUAUGAGGCUGAUAAUAUAUUUGAGAACGGUUUGGUGUCCAUUAUGUAUUAUUACAUGCGUACAAAACCUGAGAAUAUUGAUGAAGUGUACAUGAAUGAAAAGAAAAAAGAGUUGGCGGUUGAGCUUGAAUAUUGGGAGAGAUAUCUUUCUGGGGAGUAUCUAGCUGGAAGCGAAUUUACCAUGGCAGAUGUAUUUUUUGCGCCAUUACUUUGCGUACUUGUUCGUUCUGGUCUUUCUUUAGAGUUUCGUCCUCACUUAAAAGUUUACUACGAAAAGAUAAUUUUGCGACCAUCUAUUCAAGCAUCAUGGCCUCCACACUACAAAACCACUCCUAAUACAACCAUAUUUGUUGGUGUUUAGGCUAGCGACAGACGUUUAAUUGACAUUUAGCAAAUUAAUUUUUCAGUUAUAUUUUUUUUAAGUACUUUCUAUAGUAUAUUUUUUAUAAGUACUUUCUAUGAUAUAUUUUAUAUAAGUACUUCUUAUAGUAUAUUUUUGAGUUUUGUUGCGCGCGCGAGCUCGUGUGUAAAUCAGAACAUCAAGUCAACUUUUUAAAUACAAAAAGCAAUUUAAAAUAAGUUAGGUAGAACAAAUAAUGAAAUUUUUCCUAAGUUUCUACUUAAUGAGUAUUUUCUGACACAGUUUAAUUUUACAAUAUUUAAAUAGCUUGCAGACUUACUAGUUAAUUUGUGAGUCGUGCUAGAAAUAGUUCAUUGAAUAUUAUAUUAGAGCGAAUUUGUUUUUAAUAGAAAAAGAUCCAGAUAAUGAUGAUA